GGCAGUCACGCGAAGGCACGAGGGCGAGGCUGCGCCUCGCGUUCCCAAAGACAGGCACGACAGCUGCACGCGCCAUCUGGUGCACUUUACGGCAGAAACGCGAAGGCACGAGGGCGAGACCGCGCCCCCGCCCCCAAAGCUACGCAGGACGGCGGCACGUGCUGUCUAGCGUGCUUUACGGCCGCCGCAGGGUAAUCAACGGUUCCGGGCUCUGCGCUCCACCUCGUUGUCGGUUGGCUGUUCAUCCGUUGGCGCUCCCACGGCUCGGCGAUCAUGGCGGCGGUGGCGGCACUGUGGCGGAGGGCGGUGGAGAUCGUGAAGACCAAGGAGUUCCGGGAUUACGUGACCAGCACGCACUUCUGGGGUCCAGUGGCCAACUGGGGCCUCCCGCUGGCCGCCUUCAAGGACAUGAGGGCGCCGCCGGACAUCAUCAGCGGCCGCAUGACGACGGCGCUCAUCUUCUACUCGAUGGUCUUCAUGCGCUUCGCCUACCUCGUACAGCCUCGCAACUUGCUGCUGAUGGCGUUUCACGGCACCAACGUGGUGGCGCAGAGUAUGCAGGGGGGCCGCUAUCUGAUCUACCACUACGGCGGCGCCACGGCGGCCACAGCCGCUGCUGCCUCUGUCGCCUCUCCCGGCUCUACCGCCGCUACCCCCGCUACCACCCCGGCAGCUGAAGACCCUGUGACUGACGGCGACUGCCUGGAGGUCACCGACUACGAUCCGCUGACCCCAGAACAUGAUUGA